AGUCAAGUGACGCGGGGCGGCUGGCCCGCGCGCCGACUGCGGAGCGGAGAGGCUGGAGAAUGGACUUGCGGGGGGUGGUUCGCAUUCUCUCACUACUGCUGGUGCCGCUGCUGCUGGCUUCUGCGCGCGGCCUGAGCGCGGAGCUGACCUGGAAACCUCUCCUUGGCCACUGUCCUUUCUAAGGAAAUCACCUUCCAGAGCCUGCCCACACAGAACUGGCAGGGGACCCUCUUAGGAGCAGAGAAAAUGGCGAUCUUCAGGCAGCUGUCCUUGGGUGCAAAGGCUGCCCUGGCUGCUGGCACUGUCUUCGUGUCCAUGAUUGUGUCCCGCUCCUAUCUGGCCGGGAACCUUGAGCUCAGGGCCUGGCGUUGGCUGUUCCGCCUGCAGCUUGCCCUGUUUGCCAACUCACUUAUGCUCAUUGGCUCCCUCUACAUCUGGCGUAGUGCAGUCAGCAACCUCACCCACUCCCCAGUCGCAGAGUCUGCCUGUUUUCAGCUUUGGAAGAUGGCUGUUGUAGCAUUUCUGGCCCUGGCCCAUUCCAGUUUCUUCACCAUGCUCUUUUUAGUGGCCGAGGAGCCCUAUCUCUUUUCCUUGGCAGCCUACUCCUGCCUCGGGGCAUACAUCAUCAUGGUCUUCUUCCUCUGUACCCUCAGUGGCAUGGAGCAGGCCUACCAGCUCUUGGCCUGGCACAGUGGUAGGGUCGUGGGCAGCCUUGACAAGACAAGGAAGCUGGCGGUCAGGCCGGCCCUGGCAGUGGCAGUGACCGCCGUGCUCAGCGUGGUUGGGCUCCUGAACGCCGCCCAGCCCCCAGCCGUGAAAACCGUGGAGGUGCCCAUUCAUCAGCUGCCUCCCUCGAUGGACAGGCUCAAGGUCGUGCUCCUCUCAGACAUUCACUUGGGCCCCACAGUGGGCAGGACCAAGAUGGAGAUGUUCGUGCGGAUGGUGAAUGGGCUGGACCCAGAUGUCACUGUGAUCGUGGGUGACCUCUGUGAUUCAGAAGCCUCUGUCCUCCGCACCGCUGUAGCUCCUCUGGGCCGGCUGCACUCACGCCUCGGCACCUACUUCGUCACAGGGAAUCACGAGUACUACACGUCAGACGUCAGCAACUGGUUUGCGCUUCUGGAAUCCCUGAACGUCAAGCCCCUUCACAAUGAGAACGUGAAGAUUUCGGCCACGGGGGCCCAGCACGGGGGUGGUGAGGAUGAGGACUGGAUCUGCUUGGCUGGGGUAGACGACAUCGAAGCAGACAUCCUGCACUACUCCGGCCACGGCAUGGAUCUCGUCAAGGCCCUGGGGGGCUGCAGCCCCGACCACACCACUGUCUUGCUAGCUCACCAGCCACUGGCUGCCAAGAGAGCCCUGCAGGCUCGGCCAGAUAUCAACCUGAUUCUUUCCGGGCACACGCAUGCUGGGCAAAUCUUCCCCUUGAACGUGGCAGCCUAUCUCUUGAACCCCUUCUUCGCUGGCCUCUACCAAGUGGCCCAGACUACAUUUGUAUAUGUCAGCCCAGGCACAGCCUACUAUGGGAUACCCAUGAGAUUGGGGAGCAGGGCGGAGAUUACGGAGCUCAUCCUGCAGCGGGCUCCCUGAACCCGGCCCUGCCUCCUAUGCCUCUUCAGUGCCCUUGCCCUUCACCAUCCAUCCCUCCUUAAGGCGGGUUUCCUGCUUUCCCCCUCCAGCCUCUCCUGCCCAGCCCUGCCAAUGCACGCUUGGUCACAAGCCUGGCUUGGACAGUGAUUUGUGCUGGGGCUGCCUGGCAAGUUCAGGCUGGUGGACUCUGCAGAAGGCCAGUUACUUUUUUAUACGUAUCUGUGAGGCCACUCAAGUCACAUAUAUAAGAACGAGCAACUAUUUCCCAGAUGAUGUGGAGAAAGCUCUCCUUCUCUGCAGAGCUCAUAAGGCUGAACUGAAACGUGGGGUUGCUUGAAAGGGAUACCUCUAGAAGGCAGAACAGAGAGGGACACUGGCAUUUUUAAACCCUCUUUAAGACUUAGGCGGUUUCCAGGAUCAUUGAUCCAGAGCUUUCUGGGGAAGGGGCAGCAUUGCUAGGUAAUCUGGGAGAACAGGCAAGAGGGAGGCCCCUCUGGCUGCUGGAGAAGAAUGUUUCCUUUUCCCUCUUGGUUCUGUCAGAGUCACCUUUAUUGAGGGCAUCAGCCAAACCCACAGGGACACCAGGCUCAGGCUGUUCCAGGCCUGGAGUGCUGCUAUUUUGUUGCCUGUGCUCUUGGGGAUCGGGGGUGGGGUGGGGUGGAAAGAAACAGGAGCACAGUGGGAGGCGUUGAUAAUAGUACUGCUGCUUAGGAAUUCGGAGGGGGUUUGCCUCCCUGGUCUCCUUUCAUUCAACACUUGGGUGAGGUAAUUAGGGUAGGCUACUUUGGCCUCCUUGAAGGUGAGAAAACUGAGGCAGAGAGAAGCGGGGUGCUGGCGACAUGACAGGGUAUGUAGGAGGCUCUUGGCCAGAAGCCGGGUCUUCCGCCUCCCUGUCCACAGUCCGAUGCUUAAGGAGCAGUACCUGUGACAAGUGAGUGUAGGACUCAGGCACAUACAACUGCGCAAAGAGAAUGAACAAGGCUCUAGAACCUGAUGGUCUCUCAGGGCCUGGAAGGAAAUUGGCUCCUUUCAGUGUAUGACGUCUGUGACAUUGGAAGAAGAGUUGAGAAAGUGGAGCCCUCCCACCCCCCCCAGGUUUGGGUCAUGUGUUUUAUGAGAAACUGAGGUUUGCUCUCUAUCAGGGGAAGUUGAGGUUGCAUGGGGAAGUGGCGGGGCUUUGUGCUCUAGCAGGGCCUCGAGACCUUCCCUCCCCCUGGCCCCUGGCUGUGGAAUGCCAGGAUUGUCUUCCCUGCUGGGUGACUUCCACGCCAACACCCACCACUCCACCCCUCACCCCGUCCUGACCCCAUCAGCGUUGGCCUAGGGCUCUGACCAUAGAACCAUAGCACCAUGCUGCUGGGCUCUGGAUCCUCUGGAGUGACCUUACCCCAUUGGCCAAGCCUCUUGUGCCAGAGGCAAGACACCCUUCAGCCUAGGGUAGCAAUCAAUAACCUGUCCUGUUGGAAAAGGCCUCAUUGAGAAGCCUGGGGACCUGGGCUCAGCAUUGACCUUUUUGUAAUUGAGAGUCUUUCUCCAGCGGGGGACAAAACACCACUCUGCCUGGAGAAGCUCACCGUGCUGCUCAUGGGUCAGGUGGCGUCCGGCAGAUGACUUGACCUCACUGAGCCUCGGUUUCCCUCACCCGAAAAUGAGGAUAAUUCUGUCUACCUCAAGAUUGUUUCAUGGGGCUGGUAUUAAGACGUGGAGUAAGGUACAUGUGGCCCAGUCCCACAGGAAGCGCUUGGUGGUGGUAAUAUUUAAACAUCACAUGGGGCACCCUGGGGAGCAGUGCUGGGCACAGGUGCCCAGAGAAUUUAUGGUGGCAGACCUGGGCGAUGCUGCCUGCAGCCAGGACCAGUGACCUGUGAAAGCAGCAGCUGCUGGGGGUCUGCUUUCCUUGGUUUGUGUUACGGGGUCCCUGUGUCCCUGGCCAGAGGGAGUGUCUUCAUUUUCCUCCUGUCUUCCUGGUGUAUAACAGAAUCCUAGGUGAUCCCGGAGACCACCUUUCUUGUUUGCAGGCAGUUCAGAUAUUGACAGCGAGCUUUCCGGGCAGAUUUAAAAUCUGUCUUUGAGUUGAUGUUUCAGUGGUUUCUUUAUUUUGUAUCCCCUUGUGCUUCAUCGUCCUUGCAGCCAGGAGUAAGUUUGCAGAACAACUUAUUCAGAACUGAGGAAGGGACCCUGGCUUUUCUUUUCUUUUUUUUUUUUUAAGAUUUUAUUUAUUUAUUUGACAGAGAUAGAGACAGCCAGAAAGAGAGGGAACACAAGCAGGGGGAGUGGGAGAGGAAGAAGCAGGCUCAUAGUGGAGGAGCCUGACGUGGGGCUCGAUCCCAUAACGCCGGGAUCACGCCCUGAGCUGAAGGCAGACGCUUAACGGCUGUGCCACCCAGGCGCCCCUUGGCUUUUCUUUUAAUACAUUUGCAGAUGGUGGGAUUAUGGGGAGGUGAAGUGCUUCACCCGGGGCGGCGGCCCAGCUCCCUUACUCCCACUCCUUCCUCCAUGGCGCUGGCCACCCCUCACUGCCUCAGGAGGACUGCUCUUCUAAACCCUCUCCCUUCCUUGUGACCUGACCCCAUUUUUUGGUUCAUUCCAGUUGACUUUCCAGUUCCCAUUUGUUUCGAUCUCACCAGACUGUUCUCAUUGGUGCCAUUUGUCGUCCAGCCUGAGGUGCAGCUGGUGGUGGUUGACUUGCCUGUCUUUUUGGACCUUUUUUGUCAGUGUUCUGAGUGUCAUGAAAUUAGCUUCCUUAUUUUUUCAUCUUGCAUCUUUGUCUCUUCUUUCUCCUGAAGGCCAUCAUUUUGCAGUCUUGUGUACCCUUCGACUUGUUCUGAAGUCCUUGCUUGACUGAUUUCUUUCUACUCCCAGCAGUAAGACAGGUCCAUCCUACGUGUCUCGAAUACUGAGCAGCGCCUUCUCAUGCAUGGUUUAUAUCCCAUGGUGAGGUUGACUUGUUCCCAGCAGAGAUUCCUCCGUUCCUGUGCAGAUGUGGCCCUGGCAGGCCGCUCUUCACGUCACCCUUUGCACCUGUUCCCUGUUCCUCACUCACUUACCUUCAUUGUUUUGCUUGUUUAUGGCUGGGGAAGGUGAUGAGGAACAUUUUUGAAACUUGAAAAUUCUUUCAGUUUCCUUUUAGUUUCUUUUUUUUAAAUUUGUUAAACACAAGUUGAAAUGUAAUGCUUUUUAUUACAUUAGCAUGUGAAAUAUACUAUUGCUAUAAAAUCUCAAUAAACUAAUUCUGUGUCAUCCUUUCCAAACAUCCAGCCAUCCUUUUCUCCCCUUAUUUUGUUUUAGACUUUCUAUUGUGAAAAAGUAAAAAUAUUCACAAAGUAGAGGGAAUAGUAUACUGAAUCCCAGGUUCAUCAUUCAGUUUCAAUAAUUAUGACUGUCUUGCUGUACUUUCUCAUGUACCACUGCCCACUACUCUUUUUUCUUUUUUGGCUGGAAUAUGUUAAA